UCCUAUGCGAGGCGAGCUCGGCAGCAGCUCUGAGCGGAGUUGUGAUCGUCCUCAGGUGUUUCCUGGUUGCUAGCGGGAGCUCCCCAGCAACAUGCCGGAGCAGAGCAAUGAUUACCGGGUGGCCGUGUUUGGGGCAGGCGGCGUUGGCAAGAGCUCCCUGGUCUUGCGGUUUGUGAAAGGCACCUUCCGGGAGAGCUACAUCCCCACGGUGGAAGACACCUACCGGCAGGUGAUCAGCUGCGACAAAAGCAUCUGCACCCUGCAGAUCACAGACACCACGGGCAGCCACCAGUUCCCCGCCAUGCAGCGCCUGUCCAUCUCCAAGGGCCACGCAUUCAUCCUGGUCUACUCCAUCACCAGCCGGCAGUCUCUGGAGGAGCUCAAACCCAUCUACGAACAAAUCUGCGAGAUCAAGGGGGAUGUGGAGAGCAUCCCCAUCAUGCUGGUGGGGAACAAAUGUGACGAGAGCCCGAACCGCGAGGUGGAGAGCAGCGAGGCGGAGGCGCUGGCCCGCAAGUGGAAGUGCGCCUUUAUGGAGACCUCGGCCAAGCUCAACCACAACGUGAAGGAGCUCUUCCAGGAGCUGCUCAACCUGGAGAAGCGCAGGACCGUGAGCUUACAGAUCGACGGGAAGAAGAGUAAGCAGCAGAAGAGGAAAGAGAAGCUCAAGGGCAAAUGUGUGAUCAUGUGAAUGCCUUCCCAGGAGCAGCUGCGUGUCCCCGUGCCCCACCUCCCCACCACGUGAACCCACAGUCGUCAGGGUAGCAUGUAAGAUGCCCACGUGUUCAAUGUUGCAUUCUGACCGACAUGUGCCCUCUGUCCUUAAGAGGGCAUUCCACGCACCACCAACCAGCCCCCUUCUCCAAAAUCAGGGAGCCUGCCAGACAUUGAAAGUGAAAACCACCCUCGGCCUCAAGGAACUGAGAGGUGCCAGCCAUUUCUGAGGGUAACUUGGCAUCAGGAGGCCCAGGCAGCACUGGUUACUGCGGGAGCACACGCGCAAAGAGGAGGCGCCUUCACCUGCCUGCAGCAAGCGCAUGUGAACUUGAGGCUGCAGGCACCGCCCCCAGACCAGGGGCCCCCUGCACAGAAGCCAAGGACAUCAUUGGGGGAGGGAAGGGAGGUGCAGCAAGAGGUGAGGCGACGAGGCCAAAGUUUUCCCGUCGUGGUUCUUUACCUGAAAAUAAAAUCCCAGCCUCCCCUGUUGAUGUUCACUGUCAGUCCCAGCUGACCCCUGAGCCUUGCUACCCUGAGGGAUGUGCUCUCCUCUCUAGAUCUAACAAGCAAGUACCAUUUUAACCUUUAGAGUAUUUAUUUUCACAUAUAAUGCAGAGUUUACUAGGUGUGUGCUGCUCUGUGAGACAUCUUCAGUGUUGAGCGAGGACGCCAUGACAUUACCAGGACACCGCCCAGCCUCGUGUGUUCCUCUCUUCAAGGCUUUUAGAAAUGUGAAGUUUCUUCCCUUUGACCCAUCUGGGGUAUAACUUCUUCCAGUUCUCAGAUUUUAAAUAAAAGCAAUUAAAGUAGCUAUUUUUAGGUAUUUCUUUUGUCCUCCAAGGUAAUUUUCUUCUUUUAAAUAACUCUGUAUCCAGCUGGGAACAGCCAACAAAGGCCAUUGAAGAACAGAAGCACAUCCAUUUUCUAAAUGACAUGAACAUGUAUAUGCCAUACUUUGCACCUUAAGGAAAUACUUUGAAACAGAAGUCCUUCACUGUGUUUUUUCACAAUAUAUCUGUAACACCAGUAUAUUCCUGGGAAAUGCGUUCGAGUAAUAGAUGAUCAUGCAUGUUUCCUUACAGAUGUCUUGGAAGACUGGUUCAGUGCUGUGUUUACUCUGGAAACAAUGAUCUUUUCCUCCCAGUGAUCCAUGUGCAUACUUAAUCCUUCAAUCCGAAUCACUACCACUGAUAAUUCCAGCAUGAGUGGCUAGAGACUGGCCUUUGGGCUGCUAGUUGCCACAGAGCCCAUUCUGCUUGGUGGCACGGCUCUACCAUCAUCCCGUCUGGUUUUGCUCUGCUUCCUGAAAAUUCUGCUGGUGGAGGCUGCCAGUUCUGUUUGUUCCAGUCCACAGGGCGCACUCUGGUCCUCACUGUGGAAUCAUCUUGUCCUUCUGGGAGCAGUGCUGGCCUGGGUAGAGUUGUCAAGUUCAGGACAUUUGCAAGUACCCUGGGGCUCCUCUCUUCUGCACCUGCUGAGCAGUUUCUGCCCUCCCCCUGCAGGGCUGCUGUUAGAGUCAUGGAAUCACUUCCCUCAACAUCUCCUGUUUUUCUUUAUUUACCCCUUUCUGGUUAAAUUUUCUUGCUUUUGCACAUCCUGUCUGCCCUGCUAACACUUGUGAUGUUUUGAGUGUGUGGAGGUGCUUGAGAAUCCUAAGUCUCAUGGUCUAGCCACCGCCUUGGACUCUGAGAAUAAGCCCUGAGCAGGGGGGACUCAGUGGCCUGGGCACCAGAGUACCUCUCCAGACCCCAAGUCCCUCCAGCCCCCCCCGGGUCCCCACCUCCACUAUGGCCUUCUCAGUUCCUUGGGGCAGCUCCAUAACCCUCACAAUAAAACCUGGUAGGCAAACAAUCUAGAUCGCUUGCUUUUUGAUUGCCCCUAUUUUCCCCCCUCUUUCUAUUCUCAGAGAGAUACUCUCAGCUUGUAGUUUGGAUGUGGGCUGAGCAGAUGAAGACACAGGGCUUGAUGGCCAAGAGCGGAUUUAAAAGUCUCAGUUGGCUCUUUGCUGACAGCAAGACGAGAUGAGCUGUCCUGAGUUCCUGAGGCGAGCUCGUCCCCACCCCUACUGAUGUGUCAAAAUUUCCUUUAACCUUCCCAGCUUGGUGUCUACAUUUUUAAACAUUUAGAGCCUCAUUCUAUAUGAAGAGCUUGUGAUUCCUGAAAAUCUGAUCUUUUUCAGGACACCUUUUGUUCCUCUGUGUUUUGCCCAUGAAUUUACAGGAGGUAAUUGAAGCCUCAAUCAUGGGUCUGUUCAAAGAUCAUUUUCCAUGAACUGAACUGAGGGCACCAGUGAUUGUCUCAGUGAAGUCUUUUAGAAGGUCCCCAACUGACUCAGGGCUUGAGGAGUUAAUUCCAUCAGAUCUGAUGAUUUUAGCAUUUAUGUGGCCCUUUGAAAGGUGACUGUGGUUCUUGAGUCCAUGCCCUAUGUUGCAUAGGGGCACAGAGGUUUCGACCUAGCCACAGAGAGCUACACAACUCAAAGUAUUGCUUUGAAGAUGGCACUCUGGGAAUAAGCAUGGGGCUCUGUGAGUUCCCUUCUGUCCCCACCAGUCCCUCCAUCCUGUGACAAGCCAUUGGGCGUGCCCUGGGCAUGCAUGCAAUACAGUAAGACCAACACAAGAGCAAUAUUGAAUUGUUCAUUAGAUCUAAAAUUAUAUAUAUAUUAUAUAUAUAAUUUAUC